UGGUUUCAUUGGUCGAAUGUUCGUGAGGCGUGUCAGAAUACGACUCUCUGAUUGGUUGCGCUUUUAGCGCAUAUGACUCUGAACCAGCCACUGCUCGAGAUAUAAACACACGGAACACAUCGUCAUUUACACGAUAAAGUUUAACAAUGUCGUUACGAAGCGUUUUGAAGCUUAGCCUCCGCUCAAAUUUGGGGUUAUUGUACUCACUUUCCCCAGCAAGCAGAGUAGUUGUGAAAACAGCAGCGAGUCACACAAGACACAGCAGCAGCAGCAGAGGGUCAGAGGUCAUCAGCCGGUACCCAGUGCCAAACAAGAAGAACCUGCCAUUUGAUAUCGUGGAGCUGAUGGAGGAGGUCGAACAGAAGGGAGGGUUUUUGCCCAAUGUCUUCAAGGUUCUCGCCCAUCGUCCUGCUGAAUUUCGGGCUUUCUUCUCUUAUUAUAAUGCCCUCAUGAACAAAGAAAGUGUUACAGGUGGUCUGUCAAAAGCGGACCGGGAGCUGAUUGUUGUUGCGACCAGUGCUCACAAUCACUGCUUGUAUUGUGUGGUAUCCCACAGUGCAUUGCACCGCAUCUAUUCCAAAAAACCCAUGCUGGCUGAUCAGGUUGCAGUUAAUUACAGGGUUGCGGAGCUGAGCGCGCGUGAGAAGGCCAUGCUGGACUUUGCUCUGACAGUCUGCAGGAGUGAAACCGUAACUGAAGAACAUCUCAGCACGCUGGAGGCUCAUGGAUUUGACCGAGAAGAUAUUUGGGACAUUGCUGCCAUUGCUGCCUUCUUUGCUCUGUCGAACCGCAUGGCCCAUCUGACUGACAUGAGACCUAACGCAGAGUUUUACAACAUGGGGAGAGUGCCGAGAGACAAAGAAAAAGCCUCUGAUGGGCAAGCCAAGGACAAAUAGACUCUUAGUUAUAUUAUCUAUAAUAUAAAACUAUUAAAUAAUCAUUAAGAGGAUUGUUAAAACACUGUUUUGCUAAAUAUCACCCAAAAGUUCUUUCUGUAACCCUUUAACAAAUGUUUGCACGCUUAGCUUUUAAGCUUCUUUGAUACACGCUGUUUUUUUCGUUAGUCUUCUCAGUGAGAAAUUUAUCUUUUUAGUUUACUUAAAUUAGUUAAUAUUUAUUAAAAAGAGAGAGAGAUCUGAAUAUCACAAAUAUCUAUGACAUACAGCUGUGAGCGGGGUUAUUAUCUAAAAAUGAAACCAUGACAAAACAUUAGAAAUGUUGGACAUGAGCUUUAGCUGAAAUAAAAUAAAAUGAUAUAUCUAAACUUGAACUUAUUUUAUUAUUUUCAUUUAGUUUAACUUGAAGUACUGAAGUAUCAAACUAAAUUAUCUCAAAUGAAAAACUAUGUCGACAAUACAAUUUUUAAACAACAAAAUCUACCAAAAAGGACGGAAACAAAAACGAAACUUAACUGAAGCUAUAAAAGCUUAAAUUACAAUUAAAACGAAAACAUGAAUUCAAGAUAUUAACAAUGACUGUAAUAGUAUCUCAGCUAUAGUGAAAUAACUGGUUAGUUUGGAUACGGUUAUACAUGAUUCAGAUAAUCAUCUAAUUUAUAGGUUAUGUACACAUUUUAGUUGCAUUUAAGUUUAUUAGCUUAAGUGAAUAAUAGAGAUGCAGAUCAGGCCAACAAUGAAUUAUUUUUACCAUUAAAAACCUAAUUUACCAUUAAACAUUUUUAGAGAAAAACAAUCGUAAUAAAAUGGAAAACCCCUCAUGCACAUUAAACAUAUGUAGUUGUUUUUAAAGUAGUCUUACUUUAACAUUAAACAGUUUUGCGUGA